CUACAUAGUAUAGAAGGUACGGCAGGUGAACAGGAGAAUUUCAAGAGCAUGGGACCUAUCCCUCAGCCUGAGGAAGAACGAGAUAGACCGCACCAUAGCAUGGAUCAGGACAUUGAAAAUGAAGAGCACCCAGAUGUGAUAAUUAACGUUGACCUCUCGGACUCUGACGAUGAAGACGACCCUGACAUUGGUUAUUAUGGUUACCAGGCUAUCCCACAAGACCAUGGAAACAUGAGCGACCAGUCAGAUGAGGAGGUUGAAGAUGGGCCCAUGGAGCACUCAGCCCCUGAGUUCCCUACAGGUGAUGAGUGUGAGCCAGGCUCUGGAGGGGACAUGGGGAUAGCUGGUGUAUAUGCAGACUUUCCAUGCGUGGAAAACCUUCCAAACUACCUGCAGGCUCCAGAUGUACCCAGAUCUGAAAGGCAUGAUCUGUUGUGGAAUCAACCCCGACCAUUGGAUGUUACCAUGGAUACAGGUCACAUGGAGAAGAUCAAGUCAGUGAUGUCAGGAUUCCAGCUACCAUCCUCCAGCAUUCCAGACUGGGCCAGGUCCAUUUCUGACGAUCAGUGGCAGUUCCAGGUUGUGAACAGACUUGUGAAAGCAGAAACCAAUCCAGGGAAUGAGGUUUCAAGUUCAAUUGGAACCAGUCAAGAACUUGCUGUGUCACCAGAUAAAGGAACCAGUUUGAAACAUUCAAAUUCUGAAGAAGGAGAACCAGUCUAGUAUUUAUGCAAGCUAUGCUUAUUCUCUGUGAUAAAGGCUGUUCUGUUUAUUUCAAAACCAGAAAUGUGUUUGUUUUAGAACUUAAGUUAUUUGCAGGGAAAUGUGGUAAGAUUUGGCAAAACUUAAGUCAUUAAAUUAAUAAGACCAGGGGCUAUUCGUCUCUAUGUUUACAAUAUCUUGUUUAGGUCUGAUGCUGUAUCCAUGAAAAAAACAAAACUUAUAAAAAAUUGGAAUUGGUUAUAAACCUUUUUAGUUCCUCUAUGACUUUUUUGUUAUAAAAACAGCCACUUAAAAAGGUACAUGUAGUAGUUUAAUGGUAUCCGGACAAACGGCACCGGGACAAUCGGCACCCAGUGUUUUUUUUUCAUACGCGGACAGUCGGCACCCUGUAAAUUUGUUGACCCGGACAAACGGCACCGGAUUAAAUGUGACGAUAUAGCCCGUCAGCACCUUGUUGAACUAAUUAUGUUAUCAAACCAAGUCCAAGUCCAAAAUGUUAUUGCAUAAACAUAAUAGAAUGUUACAGCACAAUAAAUAAUAGUGACAUAAUACAAGUGUGGAUUGAUUAACGUUAUCUGCUAAUUUGUUGAAUAACACCUAAACAAUUUACAAAUAUCAAAGACAAUUGAGCUGAAAAGAAUUAACAGUUCAAAAGAGUUAGUUAAAAUGUGGUAACUGACUAAUUAUCUGCAACUCAUCUUAUUACCAGUUGUUUAUAAAAAAUAUAUACUAUAUUCGAUAUUUUACCGAGCGGAACUGUCUUUUUAUUAUGCUCCCCCAAAUUUAUUUUGGGGGGAGCAUAUAGUCGCCGCUUCGUCUGUCCGUGUGUGUCUGUCUGUCUGUCUGUCCGUCCGUGCACAAUUUUUGUCCUGGCUAUUUUUCAGCAACUAAAGACUGGAAUUCAAUGAAACUUUAUGGGAAGCUUCACUACCAAGAGGAGAUGUGCAUAUUAUCAGCGGGUUCUGGCCGGAUGAUUUUUCACAUAGUUAUGGCCCUUUGAAAUUUUCCAUAAAAAAAUUAUUGUCCUCCCAACUACUGUGCCCUCAAGACGUUUCCUUUUAUCUGAAUAUAAAGUGCAAUAUUGUGACAAAAAAAACCUUUGGGGAUCAUCACCCGUCUCCGACGGUUUCUUGUUAAGAUCGGAUUUAGUGUUUGUGUGUCGUAUGAAUAGAUAUCGCUGCAGGAAAUUAAAAUGAUCCGUUGUGAAGGAAAGUACAUUGACAUUAAAUGCAUUAUUUUUCUCUUUCUGCAAUAUUGUGUCAGUAUGUUGAUGCUCCUUUAACAAAUAUAAGUGUACUUGAAGUGAAAACACCAAAAAUAAACAACCAGUGCUCACGCUGAUGCCAGACAUUAACGACAAUGGCGAUUAUUUUAUUAACUGGCUAUUAUUUCUUAAAAUUGACAAGAAAAAAUGGCGAUUAUUUUAUCUGACGACAUAAACAAAAGUUUGCCUCUACAAGUUUUCCGGAGAGUGCAAAACGCGUGCAAAUCGGGCCAUCAAGCAGGAAAUUUGGUAUCGAGAUUACUGUUUUCACACUCGACCCUGUGUAUUGUCAUACACGCGUCAAUUAACUUGUGCGACAUUGUUGCCUAGAGCGUUUUUCUCAAUCAGUGUCCGGCAGAAGUGAUAAAUUUUGGAAAAUUUCUUUAAUCUCCCCGUGCUUUACCAAUUAUCGGUAACUGUUAGAUCUUCAUAAUUUUUUGGCAAAUUAUUAUUUAAUCGUCAUUAAUGAAAAUCGCUGCGAAUAUUGUCAACUGGUUUUGUUUUCACGCUGUUUGUUUUCUGCAAUUUCUGAUUGCGGUGAACAUUGCUUGAUGAAAUAAUUAUUUAAUCGCUAUCAACAAAUUAUCCCCGUAAUUACCGCUAUUCGUCGUCACAAUUUACAAAUACGUUUUGUUUCACCGUUUUUUAUUCCGAAUUUGCUAAUUUUGUUAAUGAAAGUUAAACCGUCGUCGCUUGUUUUAAUCAAUUACAAGCGUGAAUCGAUUUAAAAUUAAAACCGGUGCAUCCGAUGUAUUACUUCCAGCACGGCCGAUCAACCUCACCAUUACACAAACAAAAUAUAUAUACAUGUAUACAAUAUAUAAUUUGAAAACACCACAAUACACGGAGAUGGUACUUUUAUCAGGGCUACAGAUAAGAUUUCAUGUCAAUUAGUUUUCACUACAAGCUUUUUGAAGCAAUUAGUUUUUUUCCCUCAAAACUUUUUGUCAAUUAGUUUUUUACAAUUUAAUGAAAACUUACCUAUAUUUCAGGGCAAGAUGAGCUCUUUAAUUUACAGGUAGCCUUGGUAUUGAUAAUUCUCAGCCAAUUCUUGUUCCAGUCAUUAAUUCACAAUUUUAAAUGUUUUAAAUGAUUGAUUGUAACUGUAAAUUGUUUAUUGAAAAAUGGAAGAUGAGUCAUUUUAUUUUAACAAUCCUGCCGUUCAGUCUGAGAGCACACUCUUUUAGCUCUGGUUUUGAAAUCCUGGACUAGUCUACCCUUUCUGCUUUUUUUCUUGCUAAGCCGCAGCUGAACUGAUUUUUGUGGAUUAAAUGAUGAUAUGUCACACUUGGUCAUUGCAAUGAAUAUCAAUGUGUCAAGAUUUUCUGGCUUUAAAGACCCUCUGCACUUGUUCUUUAUACGGUUUUGGGUACUAAAGCUUCUCUCACACUCCACACUGGUAAUUGAGAAGCAAAGAGCUAUGAUGCAUAACAUAACAAAUUCUGUCAAGUCUUCAUGCAUCAAGAUGACCCUUUUACACAGAUUCUGCAGUGAAUAGUUUUUGUAUGAGCCCUGUAGCAUGCCCUUCAUACUUGGCCAAUGUUUUUAAGUUUCUCUUUGUCUAACAAUUUGUGCACCACUUUGGUUUCUAUAUCAAUUCCUUCCAAAAGAUUGCCAUGGUAUAUUUGUGCAUCUUAAUCUUCUCCAUAGAGGAAGCCAACUUUCUCCAAAGCAUCUAGUGACUCUGUCUCACUGGACACAGUUACUACCAAAGGUUCCAAUAACAAGCUCAAAUCUUUAAAUAUUUCACUGUCCUCUUUCGGAAAUCUGUGCCUGAUGUUCUUCUGCAACUUUUCUACAUACCUUGUUCUCAAUGAUGAAAAAUCAUGGUUAAUGUUUUCUGAAUAUCUUAAAAGUUUUUCUUCAUCUAGAUAAGCCACUGUCUUGGAAUCUUCCUGUUUUAACUCAAUGCACCGUUUCAUAGCUUUCAAAUUAUCACUAUCAUUGGAUUCCAAGUGUUUAAGUUGACCUAGUGUGCCAUCAAGAAAGGGUUGUAUCUGACUAAAACAAAGAUUUUGUUGCUGUAGCUGCUGGCUGAAAACAGCCACACACUCGUGCACAUCUAGCAUCAGAGCAACAAGCAACACAGUUUUAUAAUCUGAAAAGUACUUCGAGAGACCUUUUGCUGUUGAAGAUUCACUGGCGAAGCUCGUGAGUGUAGCUAGGAGGGAGCUGUACGAUUCAUAUACUGCCUUAACUGCAUUUCUUAAACCUAACCAUCUUAUACUAUAAGGUUCUUUUAUAGUUAAUUCUGGUUCUGUCAACACUGCAUGCAGAUCUGGCAGGCGUUCCAUUCGGAUACUUGAGUUACUCAUAAAGUGGUACAAUGCACCAAACUUCUCUUUAAACUUUUCAAGAACUUCAUCUUUCUUAAUUGAGUCAAUCACAGCCAGAUUCAACCUGUGUGCAAUACAAUGAGUUUGUAACAUAAAUGGUGAAUAUUUCGAUCUAAGCUGCACACCAACACCUGCCUUUCUGCCAGUCAUUACAGAGGCACCGUCUGUAGCUAGAGACACAAUCUUACCAAGGUCAAGACCUAAUCCCUCUAGACAACUUAUUACUUCUUGUACUAUGGUGUAGGCCUUACCAUCUUUAAUGUGAAUGUUUCCUAAAAAUUUUGUCACAAUUUCCCCAUUAUUGACAUACCUGACACAGAUGGAUAAGUGUUUCUGUACUGUAAGGUCAGUACUUUCAUCCAGCAUAACUGAGUACACAUCAGAGGUUAUAAGUUCUGCUACCAGAUCUCUUUGAAAUACAGUCUUGAUGCAUCCUUGAAUUUCUGACACUGUAUCCCAGCUUAGAUUUUUAUAUUUAAUGUCAGUCCCAUUCAAUCUCUGGAGUUCAAGUAGACUAUUAACUUUCCACAAGGGCAGUUCCUCGCAUGCAGCAUAAUAAACAGUGCGAAACAAUUUUAUAUCAUCAUCUUCCACUUUUUCAUUGGUAGCAACAGGCAUUUCUUCAAUACAAGAGGCCGAAGCUUCUGCUCUGGAAGUUAACAUUUUUUUCUCGGCAACCCUGUGUUCAGUACAAUUAUUGUGCUUGACUAUCGUGUCCUUUUGAAUAUUGCAUGAUCCAGCCCUAGCCCAUACUGUCGUAACAUUACCUUUCAUACAAAAGUUGCACUUAAAGCGCAUUUCCAAUCCCUCGCCUUCAACAACGAGCCAGUGAAAGUCAGUUUUCCACGAUGCUAUUUGUUUUGAUGAGACAGAAUCGCCGCGGUGUUUUGCGACGACUGCGUCUAAGGUUUUCACCACCUCCACUAUCAAAUCAUGAAUAAUACUUUUGACAACAUCUCUUCCCGAUGGUUCGGACCGCGAAACAAACUUCAAUAUACUCGGCGCGCACGUCGUUGCUGAACUUUUACUAACCCGGCCGCGCUUAGCAGCCGACAUUUUUCACGUUGUAUUUACCGUAAGUAACUUGUUUAUAUAGACACCGGCCGGAAACGGUGUCAACUAUUACGGCCGCACUAAAAUUACUUCGACACCGGUUUAAGGCAGGAGUUGGCCGCUUCAGUAGUCGGAACAAAGAGUAGAUCGAUGUUUAUAAACUUGCAUUUAUGUCGGCAAUAAUAACGCGGUACGAAAGGAAACAGUAUAAUUAAAACGAUCAUGAAUUGAUUGAAAUUCGUUUUUCCUCCUUCACGUUUUCUGCCAAAUACAAAUCGUAAUAACGAUAAAACGAUCCUUAUCUGUAGCCCUGUUUUAUCACAAUGUCCGUCAGGCAUUAUUUAUAUUGACGUUUUUGUACUUGACCGUAGUCGAUCCCAAAAUUAAAAUCUCUAUAUUGUUGGUUUUCAACCGAUUUCAACCGGAUUUUCAGUGAUAACCUCAAAAGAAACACAAUUUCUUACGAUUCUGUGACUGUCCAUAUAUAAAGCUAUAACCGGGGACUUUAAAUAGGGUGCCGUUUGUCCGAGUUUACAAUUAAAUCCGGUGCCGAUUUUCCAGGUCGACAAAUUUACAGGGUGCCGACUGUCGGCGUAUGCAAAAAACACUGGGUGCCGAUUAUCCGGGUGCCGUUUGUCCUACAAUCUAGUUUAAUAUUGUGCAAUAUUUUGUAUGUAUGAAUUCACAUAUUUUCUGUCAGGUGUAAUACAUGUUUUGGGAAAUAAUUACAAUGUUAACCAGUAA